AUGACGAUGGCUGCGUGUUAUGCUAAUUAUGACAUGUCCUCCAUGUCGUCUCUCUCGCUCUCGCAUAGCAUGUCAGCAGCUCUGCAGCAGCAGCAGCAGCAGCAACAACAGCUGCAGCAACAACAGCAGCAGCAGCAGCAUCAUCAACAACAACAACAGCAGCAGCAACAACAGCAACAGCAGCAGCACAUGUAUCAUGCUGCAGUUGCAGCUCAUCAGCAACAAUUGCUGCAGCAGCAACGCCAUCAGCAGCAGCAGCAGCAACAACCACCCGCCAGCAACAACAACAACACACGCCAUGCAGCUGCGACGCAGGUUGCAACUGCCCGCCAGCACAGCAACAGCUGCCAGCAGCAGCGCCAGCAGCAACAACAACAACAGCAGCAGCAACGGCGUCGCGGCGGCGGCGGCAGCAGCAGCGCCGCCGUCAGCAGCAACAAGGACUACAGCAUUCCACUGCACGUCGACUGCAGCGUCGAGUACGAGCUGCCGAACCAGCCAAAGCCGCCCGCCGGGCAGCGCGUCGAGCCGCUGCUGAUGAUCCAUCCCUGCUAUUUCCGCAAAAUGGAGUCGCAGCGGCGCAGCCCCUUCGUGAACAACAUGCAGGCGACUGCGACGGCGAGCGCACGCAGCGCGGCCAGCAGCGCUGUUAGCAGCGCAGCGGCAUUGGGCAGCGGCGCGGCAACAGUUGCAGCAGCGCCUAGCAGCAGCAGCGCAGCUCGUCGCAAAACCCAACUGCAGCAGCAGCAGCAGCAGCAACAACAACAGCAGCAGCAGCAGCAGCAGCGGCAGGCAGCGUAUCAGCAGCAGCUGCGGCAGCAACAGCAACAAAUGUCACAAAUGUCGCAGCAGGCGCUGUAUCCAGUGCAGCAGCAGCAGCAGCAGCUGCGGCAACAACAACAACAACAACAACAUCGCAACCAAAGUCGUCAAAGCCAAAGCCAAAGCCACGCAGCAGCCAACUCAGUCGCAGCAGUCGCCGCGGCAGCAGCGACGUCGGCAUCGGGUCAGUGGGAACAGUUGGCCGCUGCGCUGACGCCACACCAACAGCAACAGCAGCAGCAGCAACAACAACAACAACAACAGCAUUCACAUGCACACCCACACACUCACUCACACCCACACACACACUCACAUGCACACACACACCAACAGCUGCAGCACCCGGCGUCCCUCUAUUCUGCAAAAAGCAGCAGCGCAGCCAGCGUCGCCUCUGCCUCUGCCAAUGCCGCUGGCAAACGCGAUGCAUUGAUUUCGGGCAGCAGCAGUUACGUCAGCAGCGCUGCCAAACAUCAGCAUCAGCAGCAUCAGCAGCAGCAGCAACAGCAGCAGCAGCAGCACUGCCUGCCACCUCCUGUCGCACCCUGGGAUGCGGCGGCAGCGGCGGCGACUGCGCUGCUCAUCGACCGUUCCCCGAUGGCAACUGUUCCUAGCAAUUAUCAGGCCGGUCCUGAGGCCACGCCCAUGCACCGGCUGCCGCCUACAGCGUCCACUGACAAGCUGAGCGGCAAAUAUCGCCAAUAUCUGCGCACGCAGCAUCGCAUGCAUCCCUACGCAGCAGCGGCAGCGGCCGCCUCCCUCGCAGCGGCAGCGGCCGGCGCCAAUUUGGGGCCAGCUUCGUUUGUGCCCUUUGGCACGGCGGCGACGUCGGCGACGGCAGCGCCAACAUUCCAGCAACUGCAGCAAAUCUCCUGCUACAACGUGUGAUCCAACAACAACAACAACAACAAUAACAGCAAAGGCAGCAACAACAGCAACAACAACAACUACUGAGACAGACGCUUACAAAGUAAACGUCAACGAAGAAGAAAGGAGAAAGAAAAAUAACUGCAAAUCGCUUUCUGUUUUAGUUAACAAAUUUUUUAAAUGUUCUGUUAUUCCCUUUUGAUUUUCUGUACCCUGUUUUACUGUAGGGCUUGCAAUGUGCCUGGUGUUAAACAUUAAACAUGUAAACAAAACAACGGUAUUGGCAAUAAAAGAGAGAGAGAGAGAGCGAGCAAAAAGGGUGUCGCAGCUAAUGCAUGUGUGCACAUGUACUUAUUAUGUAUGUGUGCUAUGUGCCGUUAUGAAAGCACGCUAGAUGCCCAAAAAAAAAAACCAAAACAUAAAGCUCUGUUUUGUGCAGUGUGCGUGAGCUCUUCGAAGGAAGCGGCGGCUUUUGACAGCUCCGCUUGAGACUUGAAAGCAAAAUGUAAAAUUUCAAUUGUGAUAUGCUAAAAAAAAAAAAAAAAAACGAUUUAUGUAAAAACAAUUCAGCUUUAAAGUUCAUCAUCUGUUUUUAUUGUCAGUAAAGAAAGUGUUUUGUAUAAAAAGGCCCAGGCAAUUGGAAAGCCGGUAAAUAUUUAAUUAUUGAUUUAUACUUAAAUUAGCUGCGAAAGAUUGUUGCCAAAAAGCCCAAAAGAGAAAAAUAAUUGAAAUUUACUUGUUUUUUUUUUUUAUUACAAAAAGUAAAAGUAAUUUGUAGUAAUUCGAUAAACAAACAACCAACAAACAAAAAAGAAAAAACAAACAAAAAAAUGCAAACUAUUGUAGUGAUAUUUGUUAUAAAAUAAUUUUAGUAAUUAAUUUAAUUUAAAUUAAACAACAAGGAAACCAACAAAACAAAACAAAACAAACACAUUGCGUGUAAACCAACAACAAAAAAACAAAAACAACAACAACAACAACAACAAUAAUAACAAGUAAAUGAAAUGCUAAAAACUAAACAUAUGCUUAUUUAAUUACUAUUGCUAUUCACUAAACGAAAAUGAAGAAAAUAUACAAAAUCUCUUAAAGGACAGAAUUGUUACGAACAAAAUUAUUAUAUUUGAAAACAGGUAGAAGCAGAAGAACACACACACACACACACACCACAACACAACAUACAUUUAAAUGCAAAUAAAAUAUAUUCCAAAUUAUGCGAAGUAAUUUGAAGCGAAAUAUGCGACAAAAAAAAAGUAAACGAAAA